AUGUCUAGCCAGCAAAAGUCAGUCUUAUCAUACGACUUUUACGAUGAAAGAUUCCAUUUCUGUACACCUGAAGGUGGUGCUAAAAAGCAAGCUGAAUCUUUAGGCUCUGUUCUAUUUGGUGAUCGUAUUUUUACAUCAGCUUUCAAGCUUUCUUUAUUAAACGAAGAAAAUGACAAGUUAUUGUGUACAUCAACCAUUAUUCCAAAGAAAGAUGCUGAUUUUAUUAAUGAAUGCAUCAGGGACGAUUAUGCAUUAAACUGGGUUGUUGAUGGUCUUCCUGCUGCUCAUCUCAGCAACGAUGAACGUACAAAUGAAGAGUAUUAUAGUAUUGGUUUCGCACUUGGUUCGAAUAGAAAUGGACAGACAGAGUUAAAUAACCAUUAUGACAUUACAAUUAAUUAUCAUCAUCGUGAAGACGGUAAAUAUCGUGUUGUAGGCGUACUAGUCACUCCAGUUAGUAGAGCUCAGAGAGUCAAUGAAAAGAAUGUUGUUGUGGCUACAGGUGGACCCCUCAUUUUAAAGGGCGAGGAACAAGUUGUAUAUUCUUAUAGUGUUAACUGGCAGCCAUCUGAUACUCCUUGGGCUACACGUUGGGAUAAUUAUUUACAUGUCAUGGAUCCUUCUAUUCAUUGGUUUUCUCUUGUUAACUCAAUCGUCAUUGUUCUCUUCUUGACCGGCAUGGUAGCUAUGAUCUUGAUUCGUACUCUUCAUAGGGAUAUUUCACGUUAUAAUGCUGUAGAUAUUCAAGAAGAUGUUCAAGAGGAUUAUGGUUGGAAAUUAGUUCAUGGUGAUGUCUUCCGUCCUCCUCAACGUCCUAUGCUUUUGUCUAUCUUGGUUGGUAGUGGCGCUCAAAUUGUCGUUAUGACUGGUUUAACUUUAGUCUUUGCUGUUCUCGGUUUCUUAUCACCUUCGAAUCGUGGAGCAUUAGGUACGGUAAUGAUUAUCUUCUUUAUGGUCUUUAGUUGUAUUUCAGGUUAUGUAUCAGCACGUAUUUAUAAGAUGAAUGGGGGUGAAAAUUGGAAAGCAAAUAUUAUUUUGACUGCUUCACUUGUUCCUGGUUGUAUUAUGAGCUUUUUAUUUGCGAUGAAUUUCUUUUUGAUUAAUUCCCAUUCUUCUGGUGCAGUUCCAUUUUGGACCAUGUUCACUUUACUAGGUCUUUGGGCUAUCAUUUCUUUCCCCUUAAGUGUAGCUGGUUCAUAUUUUGGUUUCCGUCAACCACGCAUCGAACAUCCUGUUCGAACAAAUCAGAUUCCUCGUCAAAUUCCAGACCAACCACUUUACUUGCGCAGUCUUCCUUCUAUCUUAAUGGGUGGUAUCUUGCCCUUUGGCGCUAUCUUUAUUGAACUCUACUUUAUAAUGAAUUCUAUUUGGUUCCACCGUGUCUAUUAUGGUAUUGGCUUCCUUUUCUUAGUCUUUAUUGUCCUUAUCUUGACUUGCUCUGAAGUCACUAUUUUAAUGUGCUAUUUCCAUCUUUGUGGUGAAGAUUAUCAUUGGUCAUGGCGCUCUUUCUUGACAUCCGGGGCAGCUGGUGUUUAUGUCUUUAUGUAUUCUAUCCUUUACUACUUUACAAAACUUGAUAUUCAAUCAUUUACAAGUACUGUCCUUUAUCUUGGAUACUCAUCUGUCAUAAGUAUCUUGUUAACUGUCUUUACUGGUUCUGUUGGAUACCUUUCUUGUUUGUACUUUUUGCAAAAGAUUUUUGCUAGUAUUAAAGUAGACUAA